UUCAAUUUCAAAUAUUUCCUCAUUUUUCGAUCUGUCCGCCAAUCCUUCCUUCCUCCUCCCAUUUACUCUCUCUCUCUCUCCCUUCUUUCUCUCUCAUCAUAAAACCAAUUUCGCGGAGUCUUCUGAGCUAUGUAGCAAUGUUCAACUCUACUCCACACCUAAUUCAAAAUUUCAAUUUCUCGUGAUUGUUCACGCUAAUUCAAAGCUACAGAGAUACCUGACAAACAUGGCGACGUCGGCUUUCAAAUCAACGACCGAGAGAGCUUCAAUCGGCGGCUCCACCCCGCACCGCUCUCUCCGCCGCUCCCGCAGCCUCAGCCGCUUCUCCCGCCCCAUUGCGCCGGAGCCGGAGGCCGAGAUGGACUACAUCAAAAACGUGCCCAGGGGGAAAUUCGUCAACACCACGAGGGGCUCGACGGCGCCGUUCCCGGAGAUCAGCUUGGACGAUCUGGCGCUCGAGUUCUUCUCUUCCUCGUCGAAGAACGAGAGCGACGGGGCAGCGGUGGAGCGGGAGGGGCGCUCGGCCUCGCGCCGCGGGGAGAUUGGGCGGUGGGCGAGCGAUACGGCGUCGUCCAGGAGAAGGGGGCGCUCUGUGUCGAGGGGCCGAGGUGAAGCUGUUUCGAGUGGUUCCGCCGCGUCGGGGGGGCCGAAAAACGCUGUCUCGUCUGACGCGAGUUCGCGGCGGAGGAGGUCUAUAUCUGUGGCGAGGAGUCGCGGGGAUGCUGCUCCUGCUACGGAUAAGGACGCCGUCGCGGCUGAUGCGGGGACGCGGCGGCGGAGGUCGUUAUCGGUGGCGAGGACUAGUGGGAAUGCUGUUCCUAGUGGGGGAAAGGAUGCCGUCGCGGCUGAUGCGGGGACGCGGCGGAGGUCGUUGUCAGUGGCGAGGUAUCAGAUUAGCGACUCCGAGAGUGACAUAGAUCGUUCUCAGAAUUCAAGCAAUCGUGCUACUAUGAUAGCUCCUACUGGUGGGAAUGCUCAUUUACCGCUGGCAUCAAAAGCCACAGCUUCAAGCUACCGCCGGCUAGGAAGAUCUAGAAGCCAGAUAGACCUCUCCCUGAUACAUGACGGUUACUCUAGCCAGUCUUCUGCCUUAACUGAUGAUGAAUCAAAGGAUACUCAUUUUGGGAAAAAUGGAUUUGAGAAGAUAAUCCGAGCAGUUCAUGCUCAGAAGAAGGCUGACCAUCCCUCUGCCGAAGUUGCAAACAGUGGAUUUUAUGACGCAAUGCGAAAAGAACUAAGACAUGCUGUUGAAGAAAUCCGAACUGAACUAAAUCAAGCGAUGGGACGAAAUCAGACAGCUUUAGCUAAUGACUGCUCGCUAUCAGAAAAUUCCAAGACUCUUCAGGAUCCGUUCAGAAUCAGAGAGAAAUAUGCACAAAAAUUGGAGCAGUUGGAAAAGCGGAAAAAGAAUCUUCUUACUGAAAUGUUGCUCGAGGAGCAAUGUGGUCGAGAGGUCUCUGCUGAAACUUAUGAAGAACUUCCUAAUUCAAGAGCUUCAGCUGUGACAGAGAAGCCGCCACAAACAAGAAAGAGAAGCAGUGAUAGAAGUAGAAUGUCAGAAAGACUGAUUGAGGAUGCAGAAAGGUACUUUGAGGACUUCAUCUCCAAUAUUGAAGAUACCGAUUUAUCUUCCUUUGAUGGGGAAAGAAGCGACGAAAGCUCAACUUUAGGAGGUAUGGUGAAGGGAAGAGACUUUACAAUAGGAGAGGCCGAAACCUGUAGGACACCAGCAGGAUCUGCUUCUCGCCCUGCUGAAAUGGAUGGUGUCAUAUUGCCCUGGUUGAAGUGGGAGACUAGCCAUGAUGGUUCGCCAUGUGGGAAGACCAUAUUACAAACUCCUACAACACCGCAAGCUCUACACAGGAACUCCGAAAAGGACUCGAGUCAAUUGAACGAUGCAAGUAGCUAUUCCAUGAGCAGUCAUGGAAGUUGGAGCCCAGGCCUUUUCCAUAGUUCUCCAAUGGAUAAAAGAGAAGAGGUAUGUCCAACAAAAACUGGUGUGUCCAAAUUUGACAUGGAUGAGUACCUUAAUCUUCACAAUAAUGAGGAAAUAUUGUUUGAAAUGUAUAGAGAAAGGAACAGAAUUGGUUUGGGUGGUUUAUUGCUGUGUAUUGGGGCUCUUCAUUGAUUUCCCAUGUGAUGUAGGAUUCAUCCUCAAAAUUCAAAUAGUUGUGAUAUGAUUUAUAUGUAGAGGUGAUGCUUUUUUCAGAUGUGAAAAUAAACUUUGAAGUUGAUAA